GGUGUAGGGAAAGGAAUCCUGGGGAUUUCUGGCUCCCCUCCUUAUUUUGGCCUUCGGGGCUUCAGACUCAGGGAACUUGCUCAUGGCUUUCUUGAUGAAGAAGAAGAAAUUCAAAUUCCAAACCACUUUCACCCUGGAAGAGCUGACUGCAGUCCCCUUCGUGAACGGGGUCCUCUUCUGCAAGGUCCGGCUGCUGGAUGGCGGGGAUUUUGUCAGCUUGUCGUCAAGGGAGGAGGUGCAGGAGAACUGUGUGCAGUGGCGGAAGAGGUUCACCUUCGUGUGUAAGAUGGGUGCCAACCCAGCCACUGGCCUGCUGGACCCCUGCAUCUUCCGGGUGUCGGUGCGCAAGGAGCUGAAAGGCGGAAAGACCUAUUCCAAGCUGGGCUUUGCUGACUUGAACCUGGCCGAGUUUGCAGGCUCAGGCUCCACCGUGCGCUGCUGCCUGCUGGAAGGAUAUGACACGAAGAACACGCGGCAGGACAACUCCAUCCUCAAGGUCACCAUCGGGAUGUUCCUGCUCUCCGGAGAUCCCUGCUUCAAGACGCCGCCAUCCACUGCCAAGUCCAUCUCCAUCCCUGGCCAGGAUUCCUCCCUGCAGCUGACGUGUAAGGGUGGCGGGACCAACAGCAGUGGCCACAGCAGCACCAACUCCCUGACGGGGUCCCGGCCCCCCAAGACCCGGCCCCCCAUCCUCAGCUCAGGGGUGCCUGAGGAGCCCGACCAGAACCUGUCCAGCCCCGAGGAGGUGUUCCACUCUGGCCACUCCCGCAACUCUAGCUAUGCCAGCCAGCAGUCCAGAAUCUCCGGCCACAGCACGGAACACUCGCGCUCCUCCAGCCUCUCGGACCUGACUCACCGCCGCAACACGUCUUCCAGCAGCAGCGCUUCGGGUGGCCUCAGCAUGGCUGUGGAGGGCCCCGAGGGCAGUGAGCACCGGCCCCCCGAGAAGCCACCGCGGCCCCCCCGGCCCCCACACCUGUCCGACCGCUCGUUCCGGCGGAAGAAGGACUCGGUGGAGAGCCACCCGACCUGGGUGGAUGACACACGGAUCGAUGCAGAUGACAUCGUGGAGAAGAUCAUGCAGAGCCAGGACUUUACCGAUGGCAGCAACACUGAGGACAGCAACCUCCGGCUGUUCGUGAGCCGUGACGGCUCUGCCACGCUGAGUGGCAUCCAGCUGGCCAACAGGAUGAUGAUGACUGGUUUGUUCAUUGAACAAAUAUUUAUUGAGCACCGCUGUGGACCAAGCACUGAGCAAGGGUCUCCUCUGGGGUCUACGAGCCAGUCGUGAUUGAAAGCCAUUGAGGAGCGGGUGUCCACACUGGAGAAGGGCCCUGCCAUCAUGGGUGUCCAGACCCGUGUCAUUCCGCAAGGGACCUUCUCCUUUGGGUCACCAUCCGCACCGCAUCUCAUCUGUGCGUCCUCCAUGCGCUGCAGCCCCACUCCUGCCCCACAGCAUCAUUCCAUUGCCCUCCCAUCCAUGCCAGGACCCUCCUGGCCUGCCAGGCCCUGGGCACCACUGUGAAUAUUUUCCUCUGAACCACUAUGGGGCAGGACACACGGGCCCAUGAAGCAGAUGGACGAGACUGAUGGCCAGGACUACCCUGCUGGAGACCACCUGGCCUCUCGGCGGACAUAUGCAUGGGGGUGCUGUGGCUGAGGGGCCUCUUGCCCUGUGUCCCUGCCCCCUCCAGGAGCACUGGCUCAGCCAGACCUUGGGGUGGCCUGUCCACCCCAGCGUCCUGCCAUGUGGCUCUGACUGCUUAGUGCUUCAGCUGUCCCUUCUCUGUGUCCUGGGGGACCCGCUGGCGGCCUCCUCCUGGAGCCAAGACCUCAGACCCACCCACACUCCACAUUAAGACCCCCUCCCCCAACGAAUGUUCUCCUGCUGCCCUGGCAGCCUGCUCUUUGCACAUGCUUGUCCAGCACAGCCCCUGGCCUUCACCUGCCCUUCCUUGAGCCCUUCCCAGGAGUGCUGGGUGCUGCCUGCUGUGCAGUCGGUGCCCGGCUCUUGCAGCCCGGCUGGAACGUGGCACUGCCUCUCCUCCUGUUAGCUCCAGCCCAGGCCUGAGACCCACCCUGAGAAAGGUCUUUGCGUCCACAGUGGUUCGCCUCUGCCCAGGGCUGGGUCCUGAGCAGCUGGUUUCUCGUAGGUAGCCAGAGAAGGUGUCUUCCGAGCCCUUGGAGGUGAGGGCCUGGGCUUGGCAAGCAAAGCCCCCUCUCUCUCCUCAGGGUCAGCUGGCCCAGGGUCAGUGCUGGAGGGGCAGGCAGGCUGUGACUGGACCGGCCUGGAGCUGGCUUCCUGGCCAGAAGAGCCCCAGCCCUCCUCUGAAAUCAUGCCCCUCUCUGGGUGAGGGCGAGGUGGGGUCCUUUCACGGGGUUUCCUGGUGGGGAGCAGUCUGGCCCUGCCCGCCCCCCACCCCUGCCCCUCGGUAAAGCCUCUGCUCUGAGCACUUUCCCCCGCCCCAUCUUCCUUACUUGCUUGAAGGUGGGUUCUGGCUGGCAGCCAGUCUCCAGACAGAUCCCUUGCCACUCUUAAAUUUCAUUCAUUUUGUAUAAACCCGGCAGGCUGGGGUUUACAACCCUGUACCUUUUUUAUUUUCUUUUAAUUUCUGAUUCCUCCUUCCUUCCUUUUUAUUGAAUUCAUAUUUUGGCAUUUUCUCCUCCCCCAGGCGAGGGGAGGUGGUUCUGUUCCUACCCGCCCCGCUGGCCGGGUCUCAGUCGGGCUGGGGAUCUGACUGGGGGCCAGGAUACUGGUUCUCUUUCUGGUAGGGGUGUGGGUAGGAGUGAGGGUGUCCUCCCCAGGCUGGGAGGGGUCCUUGCCUUCUGCUCCAGCUGGUGAGACUUGGAAUCUUUGUCUUGGAACCUCCUGGCAUUGGGACCAGAGCGUUUCUAGGAUUUGUUGUUUUUAAUCACCUCUUUUUGAAAAUGAAUGUGAGAAGGUGCCUGCUGAGGCAGGACAGAGCAUUUGUUCUGGCUGGAGAAGGUUCUGGUCAGCUCUGUGGGUCCCUUCCUGCCCUGCAAACACCUGGCACUUUAAAAGGGAGCUGGUCGCACUGUCCCCAGAUGAAGUGACACCCAGAAAACGGGAGAGUGCUUUCCUUCCGUGUCUGCACGACCUCAGCCCAGGGCGUAGGUACAUUCAGGGUGUACUCGGGGUCUGAUUCUAAGUUCUGGGGCUUCAGGCAUAAAACAACUGGCUCUGCUGCUGUUGGGGAGACUCCCCCAAACCAGGAACCUCAGCCCCACCCAAGACGAGGUCUGAGCUUGACUGUCACCUCAGAAAGAGACAGAGCCUGCCACAUCCUCCCACACUAUGCCCUGGGGCAAGGUAAUGGGACUGAGAAUUUGGCCACAACCAAAUUAAGCUGGAGCCAGAGGCCUGGAGCCCUGGCCUCAACCUCACAGGGAGCCCUUUCUUUGGCCCUCUGGUCCCAAGCUCAGUGAAUUCCCAUUAGGUGCCCACAGCUCUUGGAUUUAAAAUUCUAUAUAUAGAGAUAGAAAGAAUAUAUUAGAGGUAUUUUUGGAAAGGAAUUGGUCUAUGCAAUGCAAGUUUGGAAUCUUCUUGAAAGACAGUUUAACGUUUUUACUAGGAAAUUUAAAGAAAAGGUCUACAAUAUUUUUAGGUUAUUUUGUUUCCUGUCACCCCACAAACUGGUCACAUGGCACGAUCUGCUAGGAUGGAGAAUGCUCUCCUCUCUCUUCAGGGGGGUGGGGGGAGGUCUUUUUUUUGUUUAAUUCCCCUCCUUUCUAACAGAAUGUUGCCCCCUCAUCCCCACCCCUCCAAUUCAGUGGGCUGUGUUUGUAUCUCUGUUCCAGCUUAUAUUGUAGAAAAUAACAUUGUAAGGGGAAAUCAGCCUAGUGUCAGUGUCUUGGUUUGGGGGAAAAAAUUAAAUGUUGCAGUUUUUGUUUGUUGUGGCA